CUUCCCUGUUGGCAGUUGCUCUCUAAUCCUUCUAUUUAAUCAUCUCGUCCCCAGCCCUUUUGCCUCGUUCUUCUCCCCUCAUCAUCAACCAACGAACUCUCACUCGUCCACACACAUUAGAUCUCCGAGAUCCCGUCGCGAACCACUAUACACAAACAACCAAACUUAUCACCAACACCCUACAACACAACUCAAAAUGCCUUUCACCGCUUCCGAUAUCUGCAAGAUUAUUCUUGCCGUCAUCCUCCCCCCCGUCGGUGUCUUCCUCGAGCGUGGCUGCGGUGCCGACUUCUUCAUCAACAUCCUGUUGACCAUUCUUGGUUACCUGCCCGGUAUCAUUCACGCUCUGUACAUUAUCCUGAAGUAUUAAGUGCUGCGUCGCCAAAACUACUCGACCGCACCCGUCUCCACGAAAAGGACAUGUCGAUUUAGAAUCUAAAGCGACAUGACCUCGACUCUCCCAACGAUGCAGCAAUGUGUUACCCAACCGUUCCGAAGGAGGCUGGCGGCGUAGGCGGUGGCCGGGCAUUCCAGCGACCCCAGCUUCCGUCCCAUCCGGCAAUACUGGGGGAUCCUCCUGUGAUAGCGGCAGGGAUCUUCUGCUACUGCAGGGUUGGGGUGGUCGUUUCUUCAAAACUCCUCACCAACCACCGUUACCACUUGUUUUUUACGUCAACAACGCACAGCAACGGCCUACUUUCCUUUUCCUGGCGGUUCUAUUCAUGGGCAUUUCCCACGUUCUCACUUGCGGCAUGCGACUUUUCGAAACGACUCUGUUUUGGGCAGGCAUCCAAGGCCAGGAUGGGAAAUGAGAGAUUCGCGCUGUGUAUAGCAUGCUUAAUUCGAUACCCGGAACAAUCAAUCUCUUUUGUUUACAAAAAAUCACACUACUACUUGAAUC